GUUAAAUUUGCGGUAAGUAGUGGUUGUUUGUAAUUUUGUCGAUAUCUGGUUGUAAGUUCUUGUUACGAUGUUAGCAACUGCCGGUUUUCUGAGGAUUUUGACUAUUUAUUCAGUAAUAGUAUGGAGCACAAUAGAGAGGAUCACUGAUCAUAUUUAGCAUUGCAAAUUAACCAUUUCGAAUCACAUGUUUCGCUAAAACGCUGAGGGAAAACUUCUAAUGACAACUUGUAGUGUUAGCUUAUUUCGGCACUGUAUAACUGAGGCGUUCUAUUAUCCUUUUAAACCAAAUGUCGCAACAGCUACUGCGAUUUUCAUUCGGUUGGCUGUGUAUAUAUACACAGUCGCAUACGACCGAAUAAACAUCGACACUAGAGACAGCUACAGCAUACAACUUGGGAGACUCACUUUGAUGUAGAUGUGAUAAAAUACCUAAGGGCCUCAUAUUUGUUUUGUCUCGAGUAGACAGGCAGAUUUAUUUGGAGUUUUCUGGAGUUAUAAGGUUUCCUGAACUCAUGGGGUUUUAUGGUGCGGCUGACUAAAACGCAUAUUGUUGUAGUGCAGUUGCAUUUCAGCAUAAUUUUAUUGCACUACUAAGACCUCUUUUCUGUCUUUAUUCUAAUAUCUGUUUUAUAGUAUUUGGAAAGGCCUGGGCAACUUCAACUAUCAUGUUUUUGGUUUCAGUUUAUCAUUAUUAUCUUUAGCAGACUUAACAACAUAUGCUUCCCUCAGAUAAGACCUGCUGUGUGUAUAGAUAUCAUGUUGCCUCACUGAAUCGCAAACUCAGUCAAAUCAAACAAUGACAGGUGAUAAAUCCAAAUUUGAAAAGGGCAAAUAAGCAGAGAUUGUUGUGUGUAGAAUGGAUUGUAUGCAUCUCGACGAUGUUUUAUGCACAUUUUGUACUCAGUAAAAAAGGCCCUUUGGCACGUAUAUGGUUAGCAGCUCAUUGGGAUAAAAAGCUCACCAGAGCACAUGUUUUUGAGACCAAUAUUAGUUCUAGUGUUGAAGCUAUUUUAGAGCCUAAGUUAAAAAUGGCUCUGAGAACUUCUGGACACUUGUUAUUGGGUGUAGUGAGAAUUUAUUCUCGUAAAGCUAAAUACUUACUGGCGGACUGCAAUGAAGCUUUUGUUAAAAUCAAGAUGGCAUUUCGGCCUGGAGUUGUUGAUUUACCUGAUGAAGCGAAUCGUGAAGCUGCCAUAGCAGCUAUCACUCUGCCGGAAAAUCUUCAUGAUUUUGAAGCUACAAUAGCCGAUCUUAAUGAAAUCAACAUGAACACCAUAGCUAUUAAUCAGAGUCGUCCUGAAGAUAUAACUAUGCGGGAAGACUUCGGUGAAAUUAAUCUGGGGAGACAGGAUGAUGAUUUUGGAGAUUCUGUAUUCGACGAAGUGUCGAGUCGUGAAAUUAUUCGAGAUGCUGACAAAACUUUUGGGGAUAGUAUAUAUCGUGGCAGCGAUCAUUUGUCAAUGCAUCAUGAUACUGACUUUACUUUAAAUCCCGAUCAAGAUCUGGAUGCCACUUUAAUCGAUGUUAAACGAGGAGGAGGCCGACUAUCAGAUAGCGAAAAACCAAUUAAAUCUAUUGAUUCUGCUGCUCAUCAUGAUGAUAUCGGAAUCGGUGAUAAUGAAUUUGAUGAUGACUUCUUGGCUGAGCCAGACGAUGAUGAUGAAAACUUUGGUGGUCGCAUUGUCCAUUCUUUGUUCACCGAUGGUAUUUUUGAAGAUCCAUCAGCUCAAAAACAGCUUGAAAACUUGACCUCUGAAAUUGAGUCACACAUGGUCACAACCCGAUUCGAUCUUAAUCAUGAAAGUAAUACACCGAUAGCAACUUCUGGAAAUGAUGAUUUGAUUUCAACUGAUGGUACGGCAGUUGUCAGUAAACCAGUGGAUGCCUUUCCUACUACAACGGCAUCAGAAAUAACAACGACAGAAAAUGCCUUAUAUGUCCCCCCAUCUACACAGCCAACUGAAACGACGACUGCAUCAAGAAUCGGUCUUGGAAUAACUACGAUGACAGAGAGUACGACACUGAUCGGCAACGAAUCGGAAGCUUUUGCAUUGCCACCUAUCGAUACAACUUGUGCAACAGGUGUUGAGCCAAGAAGAGCUACAAAACGUAAACGUCGACUCAUUGUUGAUGAACAGAAAUCUAUUCCAAGUGAAGUAAUGAAAUCACAAAUGGAAAAUACAGCUGACAUCAUGACUCAGUUAGACUUAGCACCGCCGACCAAAAAGUUGAUGUAUUGGAAAGAGACAGGAAGUGUGGAUAAAUUGUUUGGAUUACCUGGUCGGGCUAUCCCAUGUCAUGCACUUAAACGGUUAUUUACGCGUAAUCUGUACACGGUUCCUGAUGAUCCUGCAGGUGAAACUUUCCAAGCAUCCAACAUACUUUCUGGGAUAUCAUUCAGUUCCGGUCAAUCAUUACCUGAUCAGUCGAAUGUGUCAUUAAAUCCUGAAGUAACGGCGUUGCAGCCAAGCACUUCAUUUGAUCCAAAUAUGCAACAACCAAGCAACGUACCCAUCACUGAGUCGCUGGAAGCCAGGGAGACAUUUCAAGUACCUCAGAAAUUGGGUGCUAUUUCAGAAAUCCCUGAAGACGAAGCUGUUCAGCUCGUUACAGAAGAAAAAAGGAAGGGAACACCUGCAACACCUCAUGGUAUUGAAGAAAAUCAGGAUGAUCUUGAUGAUGAACCUAAUCAUGAUGAUUUAGCCUUUAUGGUUGAACCUGAAACACCUUAUCUUGCCCCACCAAGCAUUUUAUCUGAAGCACCGCCAAGUGUGAUGCAAGUUGACAUGUUAGCCCUAGAACGUGAAUUAGCAGCAGCAGACGAUGAAGCAGAAAACGACUUGAAUAAUGCAUUCAAAGACGAUGAUGCAUCUGGUUUACUAUCUGGUGGUUUCCCUGGUUCAGAAGCACUAUCUGUUGAAGGAUUACCAUCGGAAUCAGUUGAGGAACGACGUUUAGAGAAACGCUCCAAAGUGUUAUUGCGUAUGUUACGUGCACACCAACAACAGUAUGGUUGGGAUGAACCCCUAACUUUACAGGGUUUAUGUACUGGUAAUACAAAGAAACAGGCGGCGUCGAAAUUUUACACCGUAUUGUUACUUCGUAAGCAAGGUGCUGUGGAAUUGGCACAAGAAGCUGCGUAUUCAGACAUUCAUAUAUCCCGUGGACCAAACUUUUUCCGUUUGGUAGAUAACUAGUCCUCCUCACUAUCAUUUUCUACUAUUCUCUUUGCGCUUCACAUUUCUUCAUAACUAUCACUAUAUUCAUUUUGUGUGUGCUUCUUUCAUGCUUACUGUUGCUUUAGAUGUUCGAACUGAUUAGAUGUGUAAACACAAAUAUCUUAUAAACAUCCAUAUAGGUUAUUAUAAUUACUUUACUAUACUAUUCAUAAAUGCAUUUACGAAGAGUAACCUGUUCCCGUUGUACUCCGUGUUAUCCUCUCGUCAAUUUUUGUAUACUGAGAUCUGUAAACAUAUUUUUUUGUACUUGAAAAAUAAACCGUCAAUUCAAGA